AUGGUUGAGCUCAUUGCCCACAGCACAUGGCCGCGAAACUCCGGCUCGGUGUUGCAUCAGCCCCUCGGCGAACCCGUCGUUCAGAACAACGCCCCGGUCCCACCGGACGCGCACGCUCCUGUCUCUCUGGGGCACAAGGUUGUGUUAAAGAUCAUUAAACAUUACCAAGAAGAAGGACAGGGGAAUGAAGUGGUCCAGGGAGUGCUGCUGGGUCUUGUGGUGGAUGACAGACUUGAAAUCACAAAUUGCUUCCCUUUCCCUCAGCAUACCGAAGAUGACGCAGACUUCGAUGAAGUUCAGUACCAGAUGGAGAUGAUGCGAAGCCUUCGCCACGUAAACAUUGAUCAUCUUCACGUUGGCUGGUACCAGUCCACGUACUAUGGCUCUUUUGUCACUCGUGCCCUCCUGGACUCCCAGUUCAGUUACCAGCACGCAAUUGAGGAGUCUGUAGUUCUCAUUUACGAUCCCAUUAAGACUGCCCAAGGGUCUUUGUCACUAAAGGCAUAUAGGCUGACUCCCAAACUGAUGGAAGUGUGCAAAGAAAAAGACUUCUCUCCAGAAGCCUUGAAAAAAGCAAACAUAGCUUUUAAAAACAUGUUUGAAGAAGUGCCCAUUGUAAUUAAGAAUUCAUACCUGAUCAAUGUGAUGUUGUGGGAACUGGAAAAGAAAUCCGCAGUAGCCGAUAGACAUGAAUUGCUCAGUCUGGCUAGCAGUAAUCACCUAGGGAAGAGUCUGCAGCUGCUGAUGGACAGAGUGGAUGAGAUGAGCCAAGACAUUGUUAAAUACAAUACCUACCUGAGGAAUGUAAGCAAACAGCAGCAGCAGAAACACCAGUACCAGCAGAGACGUCAGCAAGAAAAUAUGCAGCGUCAAAGCCGAGGAGAAGCCCCUCUUCCUGAGGAGGACAUCAAUAAACUCUUUAAACCACCACAGCCGCCUCCAAGAAUGGAGUCACUCCUUAUUGCAGGUCAAAUUAAUACCUACUGCCAGAAUAUUAAGGAGUUCAACGCACAGAACCUGGGCAAGCUGUUCAUGGCUCAGGCUCUCCAAGAUUACAGCAACUGAAGAAACGUUGCUGUAGCCCUCAACAGGAGACGUUAUUUACAGUUUUAUACUGUUCAUGAUCCUCUUGAAAAUUUAGUAUAUUAGGAAAAGAGUCUUGUAAAACGGAAUUACUUUGGUUUGUGUCAAAUUCUCCUGUAAGAAAAAUAAAGGCAAAUUUUAACGAUA